AUGGCAACCGAAGUUGAAUUCUCUGUCAUGGGAGGCGAGGUCCUCGCACCAGAAACUGAGAUUGAUAUCCAUGCUCCUCGGCCAGUUAAUCCCCAGGGUGCCCGCAGCGCUGUCAUUGUCACCCAGGAUGGCCGGAAUGUUUUUGUUCCCGUCACUGUUGACCAAGGAGGCACCACCAUUAGAAUCUGCACUGACGAUCUGGGCCAAGGCAGCUUUUACUUGCAAAAGAUACCAGUUAGCUUCCAUCCUCUGGUGAGGAAUGUGCCGCGUUCGUUGCGGGUUGUCCAUGCCUCCUAUAUUGCGGUCAGUGAGGAGGCAAUCCAAAAGCUCCUGCCUGGCAAGAGCGUCCCGCCUGGAUUUCAGUAUGUGGGAUUUAUCCUGGCUUUUGACGAGAAGAACGGCGACCCUGUAUCCUUUGCAUUCAACGAGAAGGGCGAACAGAUCGAUGGCAAGGCAGUUUUGGACAAGUUCCACCAAACCCAACUGGCGAAGUUGGGACGCCUCCAUGAAACUCUCCUCCAUAAACUUGAGACUGUCAAUGCUAGCCAGCCGCUUAGCAUUGCUGUCUGGCCUGAGAUCAAGCUGGACCUCACUGGAUAUGACAAACCAAACGAAGGAGAGAUCGAAAAGCCUCCAGAAGCUGCACGCGCUCUCGUUGCUGACGCUGUGAAGGCUAGAGGUGCCAUAGUCAAAAUCAUGAAGGAUCUCGGUGCCACGGUAGAAGAGACUCCGCCAGAGCAAUUGGUCAUAUAUGUGACCCUCGAAGUCUCUAAAGUCCUUAAACUUGCACAGACUCCAGGUGUGGGUCAGGUAUUUCUCGACAACCGCACUGGGCUCAAUGAUCUGGUCAACUCGGAAGCGAUAGGUCGCGCAGCUCCGGCUCAAGCUCUUGGAUAUACAGGACAGGGGGUCCGUGUUGCCGUCUUCGAAGCUGGACCUUCCGAUCUCACCUACCUUGCGUUCGACGGCAGAUAUACCGAAAGCCCUGAAGGGAAUGACCACGCACGACUGACUAGCGCUAUCAUCAAAAACGUCGAGCCUGGGAAGCCGCACGGCUACGCCCCGUACUGCUCCCUUUAUUCCGCUAACAGUUAUGACAAUGCUGCAUUGCGAUGGGCGGUCGGUUCACCCCAGAACUGCACUGUCAUCAGCCAGAGUUUCCACCGCCCCGAUGAGCAGCACAGUGCGAGUCUGUCGGUCGAUGACAUCCUGAAGGACCACCUCGCGACGCAGUGGCCCUUUCCAACAAUCGUGCAAUCCGCGGGGAAUGUCAGCCAAGCAUCCCAGUAUGUCAGUCCAAAGGGGUUCAACACAAUCAUCGUCGGAAGCCACAACGAUACCGCGACUGCAAUGGCUGGCAGCUCAGCGUUCAGAAACCCAGCCUCGCCCGACCGGGACCGCGAGCUUCCCGAGCUGGCUGCCAAUGGCACGGGGGUUACUGCCGUGGGACUGACCAUGUCUGGCACUAGCUUCUCGGCCUCGGCCGUGGCAGGAACCGCUGCUCUACUCCAGGGCGUCAACUCGACGCUGAAGUCCUGGCCCGAUGGCUGCAAAGCCAUCCUCCUGGCCAGCGCCGGUCCCACCGUCAGCGGUGACACUUGGGCGGAAGACAAUCUCCGGGGCAUUGACCAGUCAGAUGGGUCUGGUGCUCUGAAUGCCGAGAUAGGCGUGUUGAUUGCACAGAACCGCCAAUGGCGCGAUCUGCCGCCUGCUCCUCGCGGCUGGGACGUUGGUUCCUUGAAGGAUAUUGAUUUCGCUAGUCAGUCCAUGUCCAAGUUCUUCUACAAGGCGGCCGUACCCGACCCCGACCCUGCCAUUCCCAGAAACGUCUAUACAGUCAAAGUAGCUCUAGCGUGGGAUGCCAAAUUCCCAUCCAACGUCACCAGAGUGCAGAGUCCAACUGUCGCCUUUCUCCUCGCUAUCUACAAGAGCAAUGGUGGCCGUCCGGUUCGGUACUCUGGUUCGUUCGACAACAACUAUGAAAUCGUCGAGUUUAUCGCCAUGCCGGGAGAAGAGUACCAUAUCCAUAUCGCUCGAGCUUCGGGCUCGGGAACUGUGUGGUAUGGGCUUGCUUGGAACGUCUCAUCCUCGGCAGAUAUCUGUCCUGCCCACGUACCUGCUAUGGAAUGA